CCUCGUUCGGCAUCACAACAAACAUGGCGACAGGAGGCGGCAGACAGUGGAUAACCCUGGCCAUCCUGUGACGCCGUUAAUUAAAGAGUUGUCUUUUGCUUUACAUGUGACAAUAUUCGCUUGUCCCAAUCUUCAGAUGGAGUCUGCGCCAUUCUUAGAGGAGGUUUCGGAGAGAAAAGUCUGCGUUGUCGGGUCGGAGCUGGUGGAAAACUACACUGUCUACAUCAUUGAUGUGACAGAUGGGCAGCACAGAUGGACCGUGAAGCACCGCUAUAGCGACUUCUAUGACCUCCAUGAGAAGCUGAUGGCAGAGAAAAAGGUUGACAGACGGCUGCUGCCUCCUAAAAAGAUCUUGGGAAAGAACUCGAAAGGUCUGGUGGAGCGGCGGCAGAAGGAGCUGGAGCUCUACUUACAGACGCUGCUGCAGCAGUUUCCUGAGGCCACGCCCACUCCGCUUGCCACCUUCCUGCACUUUCACCUCUAUGAGAUCAAUGGCAUCACGUCAGCACUAGCUGAGGAGCUGUUCCAUAAAGGGGAGCAGCUGCUGCAGGCGGGGGAGGUGUUUUCUCUCCGUCCUCUGCAGCUUUACGCCGUCUCUCAACAACUCCGACUGGCCAAACCGACCUGCUUUAAUGGAGAUGCCAAAACCGACCUGGGACACAUCCUGGACUUCACCUGCAGGCUGCGAUACCUCAGAAUUUCUGGGACCAUUGGUCCAGUAGGAACCAGUGACAUCCAGGAAAGCAGUCUGGCCUUUGACCUGUCUGUUUUCAAAUCACUGCUGCAGAUAGAGAUCUGUGAUUGCAGCUCACAUCAGAUUAGAGGUUUGUCAUGUCUGAGAUCGAGUCUGGUGACCAUGAGUGUCCAUCGCUCCACAGAAUCGAUGAUGUCGAUCCUGGUCCCGGAGGCGAGUGAGUUCUCGCAGUGGGAGCCUGAGGGGGCGGAGUCAGGGUGUCCCGUCACUGCUGUCGUUCCUGUGUGGAGAAACCUGACCACGGUGGACAUGAGCCACAACUGCAUCAGCGCCAUCGACAGCUCAGUGAAACUGAUCCCAAAGGUGGAGUUUUUUGAUCUGAGCUACAACCAGCUGUCCUCGGUGGAAAACCUGCAGCAUCUCUACAACCUGGUCCACGUGGAUCUGUCCUAUAACAGCCUUCGGGUCCUGGAAGCUGCCCACACUCGUCUGGGGAACAUCAAAACCUUGAGUUUGUCUGGUAACCAACUGGAGCGACUGACCGGCCUCUCCAAGCUCUACUCACUGGUCAACCUAGACCUGAGCCACAACCAGCUGGCCCAGUUGGAGGAAAUCAGGAACAUCGGGUCUCUGCCCUGUCUGGAGAAACUCAACUUAUCCAGUAACCCCAUGUGCAUCAUCCCAGACUACAGAACCAAAGUCUUGGCCCAGUUUGGUGACCGUGCAGCAGAGGUUUGUCUGGACUGUAAGGUGACAACUGAGAAGGAGCUGGACACAGUGGAAGUGUUGAAAGCCAUUCAAAAAGCCAAAGAAGUCAAAGAUCGGAUGAGUGGUAGCGACAAGAAGAUCAGUGAGGAGACCAGGCUGUCUGCUGCUGCACCUCCUCCCCUCUCCUCAUCCCCACCACCUCCUCCUCCCUCCUCCUCUGCUGUCGCUCUUCCCGCUGUCACCUCCUCUUCCUUUUCCUCCUCUUCCUGUCUGGCCCAGCAGGCUGCCUGCCCCAGCCAAGAAGUGACGAGCAGAGAAGAAGCAGCAGUUCCCCCCAGUGUUCUUCCUCCUGAGGAAUCUCCUCCCUCCCCUGCAAACUUUAACACCAACACACACCAUCUGUCUGCUGAUCCAUCUCAGGUACAACAACUUCCUGUCAGCAUGUCUGAACAAGCACAUUGUCGAGCCUCCACAGGUGUCACGGCUUCUACUACCACCUCCGUCUGUUGUGUCUGCUCCUCUUCCUCCUUCAAACAACUGGAAGUUUGUUGCUCAUCCUGUAACGCUAGCUGGUGUCCCUUACUUCCUGCUCACCUGUUCUCCCUAACUUCCAACAAAGAGUUCAUUACCCAGCUCUCCCAGCGCCUCAGCUCUGCUGUGAAGGAGCAGGAGAUGAUGAAGAAAGAGGAGGAGGAGGAGGGGGAGAAAGAGGAGGAAAGGAGGUCUGAAUCCAGAGAGGUUCGGCCUCAUGUAGAGUGCACUGAAGUGGGCAGUAUCAGUCCAGGCUCCAGGGACGGCUACUUUGAGAUGGGUUUGGAUGAUUCGGUGGAGGAAGGCUUCUUACCUUCAUCGCUUCCUGCUCCUGUUGCAGAAGAUCCAGGCGGCCAUCUGGAGGAGCUGCAUGAAAAAGAGGAGGCGGUGGUUCAGGUCAGCAGAGUCCUGUGGUGCUGCUACGUUCAGGUAGACGAAGAGGUGAAGCAGAGCGAGGCCUGUCUGGUGCUGACUGAUCGACUGUUGGGUCUGCUCCACUUUUCACAUGACUCGUUUUGGACCAAUCAGGACAAAGACCAGGAUCAGGUUCCUUCUGUGGAGCAGGUGCUGUCAGGCCUGCAUGUAGACCUUCUGCUUCCAUACUCCAAAGUCCUGCUCUCCUCCCAGUCCCAGUUGCCCGACGCCUCUUUCUCUGUUGGCGUUCGAGCUGGUUCGACCCGCUGGUAUAUCUUCUCUGAGGCUGAGGAGCUCCGACAGACCAGAACUGAACUGAUGGAGCUACUCCAGGCCUUUAACAAUCAAAGCGACCCAGGGCCCCUCAAUGCUCCUCAGCUGCUUCCUCUAUCACUUCUCAACUCCUGGGAGCUGGAGGAGAGUCAAGGAGCCCAGGGAGGCUAUCCUGCCUAUCUCCUCCCCUCUUCUUCUUCCUCCUCUGCCUCCAACACUCACCCUCUGCUUUCAGACAUUGUGUUAGAGGAGCGCAGCCUCCCCUCUCUCCUCUUCCUCACCCACAAAAACCUCUGGGUGCUGAAGAUGGACUUUAAGGAGCUAGCAUUUAAGGAGAAGACCAGUGCUGACAUUCAUCAAUCAUCCUCCUCUUGUUCUUCGUCGUGGUGCAAGCUAGUUCGUGUCCCCCUUGGCUCUGUGGUGCUUCACCCCAGAGAGAGAGACGUUCAAGUCGGAAACAGCACCAGUAACACUUCCUGCCCCGACCCACACCACCACCCCAGGAGUCGUCAUUCUGUGGAGAUGCUCAUUAGUGGUCAGAAGCUGCUGCUGGUCUUCUCUCUGGCCCAGAACAGGAGCUCCUUCCUGGCUGAGCUAAGCCAGAGAAGAGCCUCUCUUGAAGGCCUGAAGAUGGUGGCCCUGCCCUGUUCCUGCAGGCCGUGUUCUCACCAAGGACAACCAGGUCGUCACAGAUGCAGAGACCACUGCUGUUGCACCAGUGACAAGACGCUGCCCUGCUCCAGCAGCUGGGCCUCCUCCCAUCUCCAAGCGGAUGAUAACCAGCCAUCCCCCCACCUCAUCCCCGGUCUCUCCCCGGGACUGAAGCUCCUGGCUGGACUCGGAGGACAGCAGCUGCUGGCCUUUUUCCAUAGAUAUAUAGCUCAGUCUGAGGCGGAGGAGGUGCGGCAGGUCUUGUGGCUGUCUGUCGUUCUUUACAAAUCUCCAGAGGCGGAACUCACCUGCUGCCUGCUGCUCUCCACUGACUCCAUCUACUUCCUGUUGGAGGACUCCACCACCACGUUGGGUCUCCACUCGGUGUUGGACAUGUCAAACUCCGGAGACUCGGAUACGUGUCUCUGCUGCUGUCUGACCAUCAGCCUGUCUGAGCUGCUGGCUGUCAAUGUGGGACUGUUUGACCAGUACUUCAGGGUUGUAGGACGCUCGGCCGAUCACAUCGUGUGCUGCCUCAGCAGGGACAGUUAUGGGACGGGCGUCUUCCUCCAGGAGCUGAUGUCGGCUCUUAGUUUGCAGCAGCAGCUUCCUCCUCCAGAGCCAUCAGAUCAGGACUUCUACUCCCAGUUCACCAACAAAAACACGGGUAAGAUGCAGAACUACGAGCUGAUCCACAGCAGCAAGGUAAAGUUUAUUUAUCCCAGUGAAGAGGAGAUGGGAGACCUGACCUUCAUCGUGGCAGAGAGGAAGACUUCAGCCAGUGUAGUUUUCUCAUCCUCAUGCUCCUUUAAUAUCCUGCUCUACCUGCUGGUCUUUCAGGUGCAGAUCCCUAACCAAGGCAAUACUCUCUCAGGCCCGUCCUCCUCUGGCUCUGGUUCUGCCCCAUCCCCUGUCCUUCAUCCCAGAACUCUGAUCCUCACCAGCACUGACGUCUUCUUGCUGGACGAGGACUACGUCAGCUAUCCACUGCCAGACUUUGCUAAGGAACCUCCCUCCAGAGAACAUUAUCAACUCCGGGAGGCUCGGAGGAUCCGAGACCUGGACCGGGUCCUCCUGGGCUACCAGACCUACCCUCAGGCCCUGACUCUGGUGUUUGAUGACCUUCCAGGGCCUGACCUGCUCUGCCACCUCACCUUAGACCACUUCGCCAUCAGCGGCGAGGAGGCCCUGCCUAGAGGGGGUGCAGCCAGCAGGGGCGCAGAGGGCGAGGUGCAGUGGUGCAUCUUCGUCCCAGGAGCCGACAGCAGAGAGAGGCUGAUCUCGCUUCUCGCUCGGCAGUGGGAGGCGCUGUGCAGCCGGGAGCUUCCUGUUGAACUGACCGGCUGAUUGGCUGGCAGGGACGACGAAUGGACGAGUGAGCAACUGCUCUGUAAAUGUUGAGAGCUGUCAUGUGACUAGUUUAAAGGCCUCAAUAUGUUUUAAACUUCAGUGUCUGAGACAGAAGCAUAAAAUCUGGCUGUUACACACACACUUCUCUCUCGUAGCUUUAAGUUUACACCUGGAUAUGCUCAGCAAGUAAAUGGAAAAAUUUGUCUGCAGAGAAAAUGCACAUCAAGGUCAUCAGGGAAGAGAAAACAAGCGAAGUUAUCCGUAUCGGUCUGCAGGAAUUCUUUUUAACUGAUGUUCUUUAUCAGGGAAUACUGUUCAUGUUUAUUUCACAGAAGCAGAAAAAGCUGAUCACGUCUGAGCAAACAGGAAUAAUAGUGCAUGCUUUUACAACCCCCUCCUAGAAAAAUCCGGAGUUGUGACCACAUAUCUGACCCCUAUCCAAGCACAUUAAUGCUGCUCUUGUAUGAGAUUUGGUUUGAAGCAUCUUGAGGCCUUUUGUCACACAGAAUUGGAAGGCUUGUCUAUAAAUUGUGGUAUCUGCUGCAGGGAAACAGCAGAAGAGCCACAACUUUCUGGUCUUUCCCUUUUUCUACAGGCUGGUUUUACACAGCAGGGGGCGCUUCCCAGGAGUUCAACUAAUAAAUCGACUUCAGUCUCAAGGAACAGAUACACAUUCCUGGGGAAUUAUCUUCUCUUUUUCCUCAAAGUUGGAUCGGUUUUUCUUUGUCCAUCCAGAUGAGAUUAGCCUAGCUUAGCAUAAAUACUGGAUGCAGGGGAGACUGCUAGCUUUGUUUAUCAUGAGAUAAAAACAUUGAUUUUCUAACAACUCCAAAGCUAUUUUAUUUAGUUGUAACCUUGUUUCCAAACCAAAAGUUGUUUUUAUGUAUUUUCUUUUAUUUUUUUUUGUAUUUAUUCGUGUUGAGUCAGACUUUGAGGAGGGGAGAGGAUUCCUCAAAAUGGACAGUUAACGUUGGAAGAAGCACACAAAUGCACAAUCUGCUCUCUGAACAUUUUAUUUCAUGCACAUUAUAGCUGAUGAAGCACUAUUAGUGUACAAUGUCUUGAAGCCUUUUAUUAAUAUUAAAUAACUAUUGUCGUGGCUUUGGGACACACGGUUGUUUUACAUCCUGAAGCUGAUUUUGUACUGAACAUGAGGAUCCUGAUAUUCCCCAAAUGAACUUUGAAAUAUUACAUAUAGUAUUAUCAUUGAAUGUUAUUUUUUUUAAUAUUUUCAUUGUUUUAUGUUUUUGUAAAUCACUAUUAAUAUCGACAAACGGGAAGCCAGCCACUUAUUGAAAUGAUUUCUACAUCUUUUCAUGACGGUUUUUUGGUUCUUUCAAGAUCAGCAGAAUUUAACCACAGUUGGCACAUUUUUCAGCUGAUGCAGCUCUUGAGUCAGAAAAUGUUUACCAAUGUUUCUUUGGAAAUAUAUGUAGAACUGGUUGUUAUUGGAAAUAUUGAUGAUUAUUGGUAGAUACAGUAGACUGGAAUGAGAGAAAAAAAAGUAGCUAAAUUGUGAAAACUAUUACUCAAGAUCACUUUUAAAGAUUACAACGAAGUUUGGGAAGCAAAAUAUUAAAGAGCUGAAAGACACCUGGAGACCUUUAAACAGUACAGUUGAUUACGUUUAGACCACAAGUUGUAAAUAAAUGAUGGAUGGA